CUCGUCAUAUUUGCCAUAAAGUUCUGUCGUUAAAAAUCGAUUUUGAACCAAAACACUUGAAAAGAGCCAAACGGCGACAACUGAUUCUCCCGAGCCUCUGAAUCUUUACUCGGUUUCAGGUACAAUGGAGGACAACGCCGCUGAGGAGGACGGCGCCUCCGGCUCCAGGACCCGCUGCUGCCGCCCGAGGAACUGCUGGAGCUACUUCCUGAGGAACAGUUUUCAGACCCUGAGUCUGGCGGCUGUCGCCCUGGGCAUCGUCCUGGGCCUGACUCUCAAGAUCUACGUCCCGGUGUCGGAGCUGAACCAAGUCAACAUUGCUUUUCCCGGAGAAAUACUCCUGCGGAUGCUCCAGGUGGUUACAGUUCCGCUCAUAGUGACGAGUGUGAUAACAGGUGUUUCUGGUCUGAGCGUUGAAACCUCCAGAAGAAUCGCUGUGCGCGCAGCAGUGUUCUUUGUCUCUACCACCCUCCUGUCUGUGAUUACAGGUCUGAUACUGGUCCUGACUAUCAAGCCGGGGGUCGCCUACGCUGCUGAAAAGGGCGAGACGGAAGACGAGGAGUCCUUCUCCACUGUCGAUGCCUUGUUGGAUCUACUCCGGAACAUGGUCCCACAAAACCUGAUUCAGGCUUGUUUCCAACAGUACAAGACUGAGAGGGUGGAGUUUGAAAUCAAAGCAGAUGAGAACUCCAGCCUGGAAAUGAACGUGACAGAGGUGCAGCUGGUGGGCCACUACGUCGACGGAGCCAACACGCUGGGCCUCAUCGUCUGCUCUUUUAUUUUUGGCGUGACCCUCAACAGGAUGGGAGAAAAAGGGAAGGCCCUGGUGGAGGUCCUUACCGUCCUGAACGAGGCCACAAAAUGGGUGGUCACCUUGAUACUGGGCUACUUGCCUUUCGGAGUGCUUUUCAUGAUUACAAGCCACGUCAUUGAGGUUCACGACUGGGAAACUACCUUCAAACUUGGAAAGUUUAUGCUAGUGGUUGCUCUCGGGCUUGUAAUCCACGGAGCAAUAGUUUUACCUCUUAUCUAUUUCCUGUGCGUGAGACACAACCCCUCCGCUGUCAUCAAGGGGGCCUCUCCUGCCUUACUGACGGCACUGCUCAUCUCGUCCAGCUCUGCCACACUGCCGAUCACUUUCCAAUGCUGUGAGGACAGACUCAACAUCGACAAGAGGAUCACUCGAUUCAUGCUGCCCAUCGGGACCAACAUCAACAUGGACGGAACAGCCCUUUACGAAGUGGUCGCAGCGGUUUUCAUUGCCCAGCUCAACCACAUCAGCCUGGACUUGAGCCAGUUAAUUACCCUCUCUGUGACUUCAGCAGUGUCCAGCAUCGGAGCGGCCGGGAUCCCGGCUACAGGAGCAGUGACCACUCUCUUUGUUUUGACGGCAGUCGGUCUACCUGCGAAGGAAGCCUCCAUCCUGGUGGUUGUAGAAUGGCUCCUAGACCGCUGCAACACUGUCAUCAACGUCAUGGGAGACUGCAUCGGUGUGGCACUCAUCCACCAACUGUCGAAAAAAGAACUGAAAGAAAUGGAGGAGUGGGGGCAGGAAAUGACGAGGAUGCACGACAAUGAUGCUGAGGACCGCACCCGUGAUGAGAUCCAGGUCCACAUCAGCAGUCAGGACUCUGAUGAUGACACCUUUCACACACACCCAGAAAACCCAGCUGCACCUCAGCAGAGGAAUCUGGUCUCGAGAUCCUGCACACCAGAGCAGAAGAAUCCGUCUUUCUACCCGACUGAUGAGUAUAUGUUGUGUCAGGUAAUUACCGAGUGCUGAAAAACCUCUUUAAUUUGUUAUGAAUCGUAAUGAUUUGACUCAUUUGUUGUACCGUUUUUUUCAUUUUGUAUAUUGUGUUAGUAAAGUCGCCGUCUGUGAUAGAAAAAGUUAGAGUAAUGAAUGUAAUCGAUGUAGAGAUUUUGAAGAGAUGUGGUUGAUCUAAUCAACUGAACCGAGCUGUUUGCAAGUCAUUUGAAUUGUACUGAUGCUACAGAUUUACAGGGUUAUUCAAUUCAUUACAACUGAGUCGACGUAGUGAAUGUAACUAUUGAAGUGAAUGUAACCGAAUGUGAACAUUUAUUGGCAAAUAAAUAUUAAAUAAACUGCA